GCGAUUAUAAUUUGCACUUUGUCUAGACCCACAGUAACGUCUGUCUCAUCUGUGGUAACGUCAGACAGGGGAAAAUAUGUCAAGAAGUAUUUACUUGCACCUUGCACACACAUUUUAUUAAAAAGGAACCUUGUGUACUUGCAAUGAGGGUUUAAUCUACACUGUUUUGGAAUAAAUGUCAUAUCAUCUACGUAAACUCGCGCUAUCAGAAUAAUUUAUUUUAAUCAAGGUUAUAAGAGUUUACCGCUACCAUCUAGGCUACCACUAACCUGUGAAGUGUAUUGUAAAAAUGUUAAUUAAGAGUUUAAAUAGAUAUAUUCCAUUGAGCUCCAAAGUGCGAAUUAUUUGGGCUCCUUUUUCCACUAAUGCAUUACCAAAGGAAGACAGAAUUAAGGUUGGAAAUUGCAACAUAAACUACAUAAAAGUCGGCAACGGGCCCCACAAUGUGCUAUGCUUACCUGGUGCUCUCGGCUCCAUCUGGACUGACUUCAGGCCGCAGGUCGAAGGCUUCGACCGGGCACAGUUCACGCUGGUGGCCUGGGACCCGCCAGGAUACGGGAAGAGUCGACCACCUGAAAGGGACUUCCCGACCGAUUUCUACGAGAAGGACGCCGAAUACGCUCAUGAAUUUAUGAAGGCGUUAGGCAUCCUCUCGUAUUCGCUGCUAGGCUGGAGCGACGGCGGCAUUUCCAGCAUGAUCCUGGCGGCCAAGCAUCCGGCUGCCGUACGCAAGAUGGUCGUGUGGGGCACCAACUCCUUCAUCUUGCCUCACGAACUGGACUUGUAUCAAAAAAUCCGCGACGUAAACUCAUGGUCGAAAUCAAUGCGAGAACCCAUGAUCGAAGUAUACGGCGAGGAGUUGUUCGCCAAGUACUGGGCUCAGUGGGUGGACGGUAUGAUCGCUCUUUUCCGGGCCAAAGAUGGGAACAUCUGCAACGAAAUGCUCAAGGACAUCAAGUGUCCCACGUUCAUACUGUACGGAGAAAAGGACCCGAUGGUCGACAAAGUACACGCCUCGCAUUUACUCACUAAUAUUACUGGUUCAAGGCUUCAACUAUUCCCGAAAGGAAAGCACAACAUCCACAUUAAAUACGCCGACGAGUUCAACAAAAGUGUACAAGAAUUCCUCCUGCAGCCUUAAAAUAUAAAAACGACCAAACAAAAUAAAU